CUCUUCCAGACAACCUUUAGGUAGCGGAAUCAAAUAAAUUAUUAAUACAUAUUUCGUUUAUUAUAAUGACCUUUACACAUGUAGAUCAAAUGGCUUAGUAAUGGGAACCAUAACAAAGUCGGACCAAGCUAAGUCGGCAGCGAUUUUGAUAGCACAGAUUGUAAAAAAAAUAUUGUAAACGUCAAAGCUCUAUGAAAUUAUGAUGCAGUCUGGGCUAUUAAAUAUGAGACUUUUAUGGCAAAAAAAAAAAAUCUUUUUAAAUCCUUGACCAAAUCAUAGUCCUAUUCUACAGUAUCUCUGCAUGCAUGGGCUCGAAACGCAAUAGUGAGUACAUUGGCAGAGUCGUGUUGCUUUCCUUAAUAAUAUCCGUUUUCACAUCUGUUAUAUUCCUAACCGAUGUAAUAAGACGAGAGGGUCGUUGGUUAUUAUUUCUACAGUUAGUCUCUGCACCACGAAGACGCGACGCCAGUCAGCGGAGAUUCCCCAAAUUUCGAGACUGUAGUUAAACACUUAAUCAAAAAGCAAAUAACAACUGCUGUACGCCUUUGUACAAAUGAUGUGUGUUCUUUCCUGUUUUAUGUUUCAUUUUGUACAAUAAAGUGUUUUACUACUAUUAUAACUGCCACGCACUUGGGCCUGUGGAGAAAUAAUAGACAGUAUUUUAAAUGCCAAACUUUAAACUAAUUGAUUAUGGGUGUCCUAUUUUAGUGAUGAAACAAGGGUAACAUGUAGGAGUUUCGUAAAAGUGAUUUGUAGAAGUGUUGUGCUGUUAUAAGAGUUAGGAUUUAGGAGCUUUUAACUAAUUUAAUUGUUCUACUUUUAUACUAUUUCCACUUAGAUUGAUACUGUACGUGUACGACUGUACGAGUUGCCUGAAAAUAAAACUUUAUUUAAUUUAUUAUAGUAAUAGUAAUCAUCUGUAUAUAUCCAUUAUGUAUAUUGUUAUUGUCAAUAAAUAACGUUCGAUUUAUUUUAUUUUUAUUUUUAAUAAUUUGCGCGGAAUUUGUUUUAACUCUGCAUUUUUAUAAUAUACUAUCCUCUGAAAUGGUCGCAUUCUUUAACUAUUAAUUAGGUUACAUAAUGUAUUAAAUAGCAAUAUAAUCUAAGGAAAAUUACCGCACUGACAAUGGAAUGUUGUUUUUUGCAUUGCUAAUAAAUGUCUCAUCAUGAAAAUACCUUUAGGUACACCGAGGUAAAUAUAUAAGGAAACGCAUAUUCCAUCGAUUCGUAGUCUACCUAUCACUAGUGCUCGAGAUCUUGAACUACUUUAAAGCGUUCAUCAAAAUGGAAGCACCGUUCAAAGUUCUAUCCGAUGGUGAUAAAGUUCUACCGCCGCCAUUGCAAGCAGCCAUUGACAAAAUCGUAGAAAAAGAAGGAUAUAUAACGUACAAAACGGUCAACAGGUCAAUUUCAACCAGCGGCGGUAACUUCUUGGCAAACCUGUUCGAAGUUGACAUUAAAGGAAAAACUGUGGAUGGUGAUAAAGAGACCAAUAUCUUUAUUAAAAAUAAAAUGGAUGACAUACAAGUGACUAUUAUAGAUGUUGCAGAAUGUUACAGCUUGGAGAAUUUCUUUUACGGACACCUCUCAAAACUGUAUGAUGAUAUACAAAACAAAGCCAAUAUUCCAGUUGAAGAAAGAUACAAUAUGGUUAAAAGUUACGAUGCCAUGAACCCGAACGCAAUAAUUCUGGAGAACCUUGCUAAAAAGGGCUUCACGACGGUUCAUCGAAUGGAAGUCGCUCCUCUUAAGUUUGCACAACUCUCUGUUCAGCAGCUGGCGAGGUUCCACGGUUUAUCCUGGGUCUUGGAAGAACAACAUCCUGAAUACUUUGCAAAGAAAAUUAGGUCAUUGAAAUUUACAUUGCAAUUUAACGAUGAUUAUCAAAAAUUCAUUGAUAAUAUGAGCACGUAUACGGACAAAUGUGUGGAUGAAGACCAGAAAGAUAAACUGAACAAAUUCAAGUCCGGCUUUCUGGAGACCUUGAAAAAGAACCACUUUGAUAAUGCCGGAAUUAGAUGCUGCUUAUGCCAUGGAGACUACAGGGCUAACAAUAUUCUUGUGAAAAAAGAUGGCGAUAAUAUAACUGAAGUCAUACCAGUGGACUAUCAGUUGCUGUACUACGGGUGUCCUGUCCUUGACUUCAUCUAUUUCAUCUUCCUUUGCACAGACCAAGAGUUUAGAAGAAACCAUCUUAAUGAUCUGAAAGACCUGUAUUACGAAAGUUUAAGAAUGUUCCUUAAGUACUUUAACAUGGAUGUUGAGUCAGUGUACCCACGGCGUGAAUUUGAAACAGAGUACAAGAAAAGACUAGAUUUUGGUCUAGCAUAUAGUCUUCUGCUGACGCCCAUACUCUUCACUAAUGAUGAUGACGUCCCUGACAUUGCUAAAGAUGAUUUGGGAACACUUUCUGUUACUCCAGAUCCGAAAAUGGAUGAAAGGGUUAGAGGUCUUUUAGAUGAUUUUGAAAAAUGGGGUAUUUUUCGUUAGUUUAUUUCCUGCAUAUUUUUGAUUUUGUAUUAAUUCGUCAUUAUGAUAAGGGGCUAUAUUUUUAGCAUGUUAUUUAUAUUGUUUUAAUAACCACAUCACAAUCUUUCUUGUGUAAACAUGUCCUAUUAUAUUUAUUUAUUAUUAUUAUUAUUUUUUUGGGCUUUUAGAGUAGAACAACAAUUUACAUUAUAGUACAAAAGUAACAGAACAAAAACAAAUGUCAUCUUAUUUGUACAAGAGUGAAGUUAUUCCUUUCACAGUAGUUAUUUUUCUGUAAACGAUUUUAGCUCCCUAAACUGAAUAACAUAAAAAUAACUUACUAAUUUUCAGUAGUGUAAAUUUAUUCGUUAGCGAAACGUGAUGUACGCGUUUGCGUUAAGUCUCAUUUUGUAUGGGAUUUUUAGUUAAUUUAUUAAUUAGAAAUGAAAUUAAUAAAAAUUUCAAGUGUAAUAAACACACGUAAAGUUAGUUAAAUUGCAAACAGUGUUCGGAAAUGUUUU